AUGAAGCAAAGAGUCCAUCUCAGUGUUGAAAUGACCGAAAAAUUUUCACUUCGUGACGUGGAGAAUCAAGUAUUGGUAAAAUUGCCAGUGGUGCUCUCAAUUGCAGGUUCGGAUCCCAGUGGUGGGGCAGGAAUUGAAGCAGAUUUGAAAACCUUAACUGCCCAUAAGGUCUUUGGCACUACUUGCAUUACGGCGGUUAUUUCACAAAAUACCCAACAGCUUCUCACUAUUGAUCGCACUAGUGAAUCUCAAAUAAGAAAUAUAUUGAAACUUGUAUUUGAUGAUUUUGUUGAAGGUUCCAACAAGACUUUGAAAGUGAUCAAGACUGGAAUGCUUAGCGGUGAGUCAAUUAAAGUACUUGUUCUGCAUCUUGACUAUUUGAAAUCAAAUGGUAUCAAGUUAGUAGUAGAUCCAGUAAUGGUUACCACUACUGGUGCCUCGUUAAUUGGCGAGAGUGACCUACAAGGUGAGGACAGAGUAGCUAAGGUGAUUAGACAUGCUGCAAUUGUAACUCCGAACCAUGUCGAAGCCCUUGCCUUGUACAAGAUGGGCAACAACGGUAUUGCAUAUCAACCCAAGAUAGAAGUUUUUGAAGAUCUCUUGAAAUUUGUGAAAAGUCUUCAAAGGGUUCUUCAAUGUGAGAAUCUAUUAGUCAAGGGAGGCCAUAUGCCAUGGAACAAGCUAAGUAAUACUCCCUACGAACCUAAGAAUAGUACACAUAAUGAACAAGUUGUUAUUAGAGACAUCUUGUAUCAAUCUAAUUUAGAUAAGAUAACAGUGUAUGAAUCUUCCUUUAAAAAGACUGAGAAUACUCACGGUACUGGUUGCACGUUGUCGUCAUCUAUUGCAGCCAAUUUGGCCAAGGGAUUCCCCAUUGAAGAAGCAGUCCCACUUUCUAUUGAUUUCGUCCACAAAAGUAUGGGUAGUAUGGAGAAAUUGGGUUAUGGGAACGGUCCACUUAAUCACAUAACAGAACCUGAAACUAAUAUAGCCACGGUUAUAAAGGAGGAAGAACAGAAUGCGGAAAUUACCAUGAAGACAGACUUUUCUGCCUUGGAAUAUUUUAAGACCCACCCCAAAGUGGCAGAUAAGUGGAAAAGGUAUGUCCAGCACCCAUUUCUCAGUCAAGUCGCAACCAAUCUGUUAGAAUACGACAAGUUCUUAUACUUUUUGAAGCAGGAUUACUACUAUCUUGUUAAUUAUGCACAGAUUCAGUGCUUGGCUGCAGCAGUAGCACCAACGUAUCAAAUUACAUUUUUAGAAUCUCUGAUUGUUAAAGAAAUUGUCCAAGAAAUAGAAAAGCACAAGGAAAAGUUAAGCCAGAAGUACAACGUUGACUAUGAUAAAGAUACUGGUUCAACUAUAAGACCAGGAAGGGCCUGUAUUGCCUAUUGUAACUACUUGUUGGGCAUCGGAAAGAAAGAGGAUUACCUCGGUAUCAAAACUGCCGUUGCUCCUUGCUUAUUUGGGUACCACGAAGCAGGUUUGUUCGCCAAAAGCAUCCGAGAAGAGUACGAAAGGAAAGGACUCGGGCUUGGAGUAUUGACAAGUGCCGAAGAUUCAGAUGCUUAUGCUUCUUGGAUCGAAGACUAUAUCCUGGAAUGGUACACUGCAGCAUACAACAAUGGAUCAGAUGCUUUAGAUCUUCAACUUAAAGGGAAGCCAAUCACCAAGAGUAGGUUAAAUGAGUUGAUCAAUAUUUUCGCAACUGUUACAGAUUUGGAAAUUGCAUUUUGGGACGAAGUUCUAGAAGUUUAG